AAGAAAAGAAAAGGUUUGGGAAGCCCGAGCACCGGCGUGCGUCCGAGGUUACGAGAGGGGAUAACCGGAGAUGGCGAUCGAUAGGCGGUGCGCGCGCCGCGGCGCGCUGGUGGUCCUGCUCGUCUGCGCGGUGGCGGCGCGGGCUGUGUCGGCCGUCGGCGACGGCCCGCUGAUGAACGGCAACUUCGAGUACCCGCCGAACCAGUCCCAGAUGAGCGGUUCGUCGGUGACGGGGGAGAACGCGAUCCCGUACUGGAAGACCACGGGCACCAUGGACUACAUCGCGUCCGGGCAGCAGCAGGGGGACAUGGUCCUGACGGUGCCGGAGGGCGCGCACGCCCUGCGCCUCGGCAGCGACGCCUCCGUCCAGCAGCAGCUCAGCGUCACGCGGGGCGCCUACUACUCCAUCACCUUCCGCGCGUCGCGCACCUGCGCCCAGGACGAGAAGCUGAGCCUGGAGGUCGUCCCCGUCACCGGCUACCCGGCCCAGGCCGGCGAGCUCCCCAUCCAGACGGUCUACACCAGCUGCGGCUGGGACUCCUACUCCUGGGCCUUCAAGGCCGAGGCCGGCAUCGUGUCCUUCGCCAUCCGCCACCCCCACGAGGAGGAAGAAGACCCCGCGUGCGGCCCCAUCAUCGACGCCAUCGCCAUCAAGACGAUCUCCCAGCCACAGCCCACCCAGGACAACAUGCUGGCGAACGGCGACUUCGAGGAGGGCCCGUACAUCCCGCCGGACACCAUGUCGGGGGUGAUGGUGCCGCCGAUGGACGAGGACGACGUCUCGCCGCUGCCGGGGUGGAAGAUCAUGUCGUACAAGAAGGUGGUCAACUACGUGGACGCGGCGCACUUCGCGGUGCCGCGCGGCGCGCGCGCCGUCGAGCUGGUGUCCGGCGUGGAGACCGCGCUGGUGCAGGAGGUGCACGCCACCGUGGAAGGGGGCUGGUACAGGCUGGAGUUCUCGGUCGGGGACGCGGCCAACGGGUGCGGGGCGUCGUCCGACUACUCGCCGUCGCCCGGGAUGAAGGUGAAGGCGAUCGCGGGGUCGGCCGAGACCACCGUGGGCGUCGACUUCCGGGGCGCCGGCGGCUCCACGCGCGGGAAGCUCGAGUUCCAGGCCACCACGAGCCCCACCAGGGUGGUGUUCGUCAGCCAGGACUACCACACCAAGUCCGACAACAGCGGCACGCUCUGCGGGCCCCUCGUGGACGACGUCUCGCUCGUCGCCAUCGCGCAGCCGUCCGCUCGCCGGCUGCUUCUCUAAUCUAAUCUCUAGGGCGCGCAAGAUGAGUUUACGGUUACGGCCGGUUGUACUCCUGCAGGGAUGAGUCUCCUAUGUAGCAGACUCACUCGCUGCCGUGUAGGCCCGAGUGCAAUGGGCCUGCAAUACUGCAGAGGACUCUUGUACUAGUAUA